AUGUUAUUUCUGCCAUUCAUUGUAAUAUGUUCGCUCACGCUGCACACGACGUGUCACGCCCGAGAUCUGGCCAGUGCGGAAUCGCGCGUUAGCCGGCGCGACAUCGGAAAGAACGAUGACCAUGACGUAAGUCAUUUAGAGCCCACCGUGGAAUCAUCAUCGGUCGAAGGGAUAGUCGACGAAGCCGAUCUCGAGACGGCGGCGACCAAGCACAAGGGUCAUCACCACGAGUCCGGCGGUGGUCACAAGCAUGAAUCUCAUCAUCACGAGGAGCACGGCGGAAAAGGCGAGAAGGGAUACAAGAGCCAUCACCAUCAUGACAAAGGUGACAAUAGUAAGCACGAUAAGCACCACCACUCCGGUCAUCACGAGGAGCACGGAGGCAAGAAAAAGGGUCAUCAUGAUGAGCACGAAAAAUACGGCGAGCAUCACGAGGGCGAGAAGGGGCACAAAGGUGGGAAGUUCGGUGAAAAGAAGGGCCACAAGAAGGGUCACAAAACCAAAGGUUAUCACAACAAAUUCCAUAAAGAUGAGUACCAUAAAGAGCAUAAGUUUUACGAUGAUUAUCAUAAGGGUGGGCAUCACCAGAAGCACGGUGAUUUCCACGGUCAUCACGAAAACAAGGAGGGCCACCACAAGAAGGGCGGUCAUCAUCAUUCCGGUUACCACGAGGAUCACCACGGCAAGAAGGGCCACCACGACAAGGGUCAUCACGACGAGGAGCAUAAAGGCCACCACGGCAAGCACGGCCACGAGGACCAUCAUUCUCAUCACGAUGGAUACGGCAAGAAGGGCGAUCACCAUGCCGGAAAGAAGUACGGCUAUAAGAAGGGCCAUUAGAAGUUGUACGUUCAAAUAUUAUGUAUCAAAAGGCGAUUACAGUCGUUCUACAGUUACGGCCUAUGUACCUGCUUCGGACAAAGUCACGCGACGAUGUUGUCGCGUGAUUGUUGU